GCUGACGUUAGAAUCACGCAGCUCCACGACAGACGAGAAAUGCAGAGAAUGUGCACACAGUCAGAGAGCUUCGCCAGCUUCCAGACGAGCCGCAACACGGAGCCAGAAGUCUUUACCUUCGAGCGCAUCCCGGUGCGCGCGGUGGCCGCGCGCUCCUACGUGCCGGCGCGGCCGAAGAGGCGCUGCACGCGGGUGAUGUAUCCCGCCAAAGUGCGCAUGCACCUGCCCCCGGUGGAGCGGAGCCGGGCCAAGCGGUGGCUGGCGAUCCUGUGCCUGGUGGUCCUGUUCCAGAUCUACACCGAGGAGCCGUGCGUGGACGCGCCGCGCGCCGCCGCCGUGGACACCGAGCGGCUCUGCUUCCAGGACGCGGAGGCGCGACCGAUCGGCGACCUCCUGCCGACCUCCUGCGAGGAUCCGACCGUCCCGGACGAAGCGGGUCCCGGAGCCGGUGAGGACGCGCACGGCGGCCUGAAGAACAGCUACAUGGUGGCGCUGCUGGUCUACCACAGACUGGGCGGCGACUAGUGAGGUCCACACCCCGACACGACACGCCGCGUGUCCGUGGACGAACAGACCCCGGACCUGAUCCGGAUGAGUGCUGAGGACCAGUGACCCCGCCAGGGGCGGAGCGGCCACCCGGGGCUCCCCGCCGGAGCAGCACCGACCAACAACUGACCAGACUGAAACGAAAAACUGAAACUUGAAGAACUGCCAGGAAAAAAUAAACAAACUUGAAUCUCACAAAGUUUAACUGCACUUUGAAAUGAAGAAAAA